AUGUCGUCUCCACCAUGGGACUACAUCGCUAAACUCGUCUGCAUCGGCGACUCGGGCUGCGGCAAAUCCUCCCUAACCAUCCGCCUCUGCGAAGGCCGCUUCUCCCCGCACCACGACGUGACAAUCGGCGUCGAAUUCGGCUCCCGCAUCGUCCCCGUCGGUCCCCCAAACACCCUGCCCCCUCCCCCGCCCGCCCCCGAACCAAAGACGAACCCAGACGGCAGCACAACCUCCACCGGCCUCCCCGAUCCCCCGCGAAUCUCCCCUUCUUCAGCUGCCGCAGACGGGCCCCAGAAGCACAUGAAGCUCUCCCUCUGGGACACCGCCGGCCAGGAAACAUACAAAUCCGUCACGCGCUCCUACUUCCGCGGCGCCAGCGGCGCCCUCCUCGUCUUCGACCUCAGCCGCAAGCAAACCUUCCAGCACGUGACCGAUUGGCUCAACGACCUGCGCCAGAUCGCCGAGCCGGACAUCGUCGUCAUCCUCGUCGGCAAUAAAGCCGACCUCACUCAGGGUGACGGCGACAACAAGCGCGAGGUGACAAAGGAGGAGGCCGAGGAGUGGGCCAAGAAGAACGGCGUCUUUGAGUACGUCGAGACGAGCGCAAAGAGCGGCGAGAAUGUCGAAAGGGCCUUUAUGCGCGUCGCUGAGAGGAUAUACAAUAACAUCCAGGCCGGGAAAUAUGACCUCAACGACAGGAGGUCUGGUGUCAAGGGGCCGAGUGCCGGGGGGAAUAAGCAAGUGAGAAUAGGGGGCGACGCGAAUAAGGGCUCCGGCGGCGGCUGUUGUUAG